AUGAUAUUGCAUGCACAUAACAAGCCGCCGCAGACAUUCCGUGACACCGGCAUUAACUUCUGGAAUGAGAUUUCGAGUGGCCGAUGUCAAUUCACUCAAUACGAGGAUGAAAAUCGUAAAUUAACGGAAGAAGAUAAUACCAUAACGCAGAAACUGUUACUUGAGUUUUACAAAGAAUUAACAGGUACCAAUACACAGCGCAAGUUAUCAGUGCAUGUAAGAUGUGAUAAUACUUCGACUAAUUCAGACGAUAAAUCGAUUAACAAAAGUAAAACACCAAGAGAUACUCAACAUGAAGAACAUACUUUAAAUACUAAUUUAAAUAAUAACGAUGACAAAUCAACAACAAAUGAAACACACAUAGAUAUCAAACAUAAAGAAUCUGCUUCAAACAUUAACGUAUCUUCUAAUGACAAAUCAAUAAGUGAAACGCAUAUAGAUACCCAACAUAAACCUGCCUCAAGCAUUAGUGUAUCUGAUGACAAAUCAACAAAUGAAACACACAUAGAUAUCAAACAUAAAGAAUCUGCUUCAAGCAUUAAUGUAUCUUCUAAUAACAAAUCAAUAAGUGAAACGCAUACAGAUACCCAACAUAAACCUGCCUCAAGCAUUAGUGUAUCUGAUGACAAAUCAACAAGUGAAACACCUAUAAAUAUCAAUCAUAAGGGUUCUGCUUCAAGCAUUAACGUAUCUUCUAAUGACAAAUCAAUAAGUGAAUUGCAUACAGAGACCAAAUAUGAACCUGCCUCAAGCAUUAGUGUAUCUGAUGACAAGGCAACAAGUAAAACAGAUAUAGACACCCAACAUGAGAAAUCAGCUUCAAGCAUUAAAACAUCUGAUGACAAAUCAAGGAGUGAAACACGUAUAGAUACCCAACAUGAGGAAUAUACUUCAAGCAUCGAAGUAUCUGAUGACAAAUCAACAAGUGAAACAUCUAUAAAUGUCAAACAUAAGGGAUCUGCUUCAAACAUUAACGUAUCUUCUAAUGACAAAUCAAUAAGUGAAACACAUACAGAUAUCCAACAUGAACCUGCCUCAAGCAUUAGUGUAUCUGAUGACAAAUCAACAAGUGAAACACCUAUAAAUAUCAAUCAUAAGGGAUCUGCUUCAAGCAUUAACGUAUCUUCUAAUGACAAAUCAAUAAGUGAAUUGCAUACAGAGACCAAACAUGAAUCUGUCUCAAACAUUAGUGUAUCUGAUGACAAGGCAACAAGUAAAACAGAUAUAGACACCCAACAUGAGGAAUCUGCUUCAAGCAUUAAAACAUCUGAUGACAAAUCAAGGAGUGAAACACAUAUAGAUACCCAACAUGAGGAAUAUACUUCAAGCAUCGAAGUAUCUGAUGAUAAAUCAACAAAUGAAAUACAUAUAGAUAUUCAACAUGAGGAACCUGCAUCCGGUACUAAAGAAUUUAAUGUCAAAUUUCCUCAAACAAGUGAAACACAUCUAGAUAUUCAAUAUGAUGAAAUUUCAAGCAUAAAUGCAUUCCGUCAAAUGGCAAACAUGAGCAGCAGUGGCAGCGUCACCAAUGCCAGUCCAGGAUGCGGCAAUAUUGAAAAAAUAUAG